GUGUAGCUCACCACCAAAUGAGUUGAUAAUUGUCUCUGAUAACCACUUGUCACUUUUUUAUUUAAUUGAAGCAGUGUACGAUAUAGUACCAGUUGGUUAUCAUGGACACCAUGGAUCAGUCAUCAUGCGUCCCUCCUGGAUUCCGAUUUCAUCCAACAGAUGAAGAACUUGUUGGUUACUAUCUCAGGAAGAAGGUUGCAUCUCAGAAGAUCGAUCUUGAUGUCAUUAGAGAUAUCGAUCUAUACAGGAUUGAACCUUGGGAUCUGAUAGAGAGAUGUCGGAUUGGAUACGAAGAGCAAACUGAAUGGUAUUUCUUUAGUCACAAGGAUAAAAAGUACCCCACCGGAACGAGGACAAAUAGAGCAACAAUGGCAGGUUUCUGGAAGGCUACAGGAAGAGAUAAAGCAGUCUAUGAAAAACUAAGGCUCAUAGGAAUGAGGAAAACUCUUGUGUUCUACAAAGGAAGGGCACCAAAUGGCCAGAAAACCGAUUGGAUCAUGCAUGAAUACAGGCUUGAAUCCGAAGAAAAUGGUCCUCCUCAGGAAGAAGGAUGGGUGGUCUGUCGUGCAUUCAAGAAACGAUCAACCGGGCAAACAAAACAUGUAGAAGGAUGGGAAUCAAACUUCUUCUAUGAUGAUUCAAGCCGCGUUAGCCCAGCCAUGGAUCCAGUUGAUUAUAUUACAAAUCAGCCUCCAAGUUCUGUGUUUUCACAAAGCUUCAUGUGCAAGCAAGAGUUGGAAGCAGCAGAGAGUUUGAACUUUGUGCAUUGUGAUCAAUUUGUACAACUUCCACAGCUUGAAAGCCCAUCUCUACCGUCAACAAAGAGGCCUAUAAGCUCUAUAUCAUUGGUGUCAUCAUCGGAAAAUAAUGAUCAAGAAGAUGAUCUAGCCGGAUCAGGAGGGAGAAACAUAAACAAUAACAGUAAGAAUAAUAAAGAGAAUGCUAAUAAAGUGACUGAUUGGAGGGCUCUUGAUAAGUUUGUAGCUUCUCAGUUGAGCCACGAGGAUAGAUAUGGGGUCGGGGAAGGUUUGUCUUCGAGCUUUGAAGGGAAAGAACAUUCUGAUUUGGCUUAUAUGUUUAUGGAAGGUGGUAGAGAAGAAGAAGAUGGAGGAGGAGGAGGGAAGCUGAAUGGGCUCCUGAGUUCAAUAAGCCAAGAUCAUUGUGAUAUUGGGAUAUGCAUAUUUGAUAAGUGAUGAAUAUGAAGGAGUGUAGUGAUGAUGGAGGAGAUGAUCAUAGUAGUUUGAUAUGUAUAAGUUUGCAU